UGCUCUAAGAACAUUAACGAGGAGCGGUGUCAAAGCUUUGACAUCGAUCAAAAAAUCACACCGUGGUUUGAAAGUAAAGAUAAAAAAACUGUCGCAAAGAAGUUGGGAGACGACUUAAUUUUAGAGUGCGGAGCCAGAGGAUACUAAUCCUACCCUAGGAUAAAGGUGGAAUGGAAGUUUAAGAGUGAGACAGACGAAACAGUUAAGCCUUGCAUAAAUUCUUCAACGGAUGAGCGUUACAAGGUGAGCCAGAAGGGACCUCACGAUCCCUAUUCCUUGACCAUUACAAGCUUGAGUAAAGCUGACCUUGGAGUUUAUUACUGCUGUCUGCCAUCAGGCUGCUCUAAGAACGUUAAUGAAGAUCAGUGUCAAAGCUUUGAAAUCGAUGAAAAAGGUGAACCAACUGCCGGAACAAUGUCUGUGGUUGCCCAUAACGUGUUCCUCAUCUCAGGUUUCUUUGUGGUGUCGCUUUUGAGAUUGUAGAGAACGGGGCAGCCCACGAAACAACUUGAACUUCACUCUUAAUCUCGGCUGAUUUUCAUAUUAGGAGAUGUUCACAGCUUCUGUACGUCACUAAUUCACGAUUAUUCCUAUACCGUCCUCUAAAUUUUUCGGUUGCGUAAAUUUGUUAAACUACCCCAGUUCUUCCCUAUUGUUUUAUUAGUCAUGUUAGUCUGCCAGUUAUAACUAGUCUUCCAAGUGUUUUUCUUUGGCUAUUAAUAACAAAAUAUUGGACCCAACUUUCAAACACUUCAAAUGUAAGCAAGUUUUCCCUUGUUAUUAUUUGAUAUAAAGAGGUAAUUACAAUGUAGAAGUGCAAACCCCAAAGUCAAGUGACAGCCUUGCUAGUUAGUACAUACCGCCCUGCAUUCCCAGAUUAACAAAAAGCUGUGAACAGAAUCCAGAAUCCAGUACAGUGAGACCAUAAAGUAAAAUCUACAGUUAUGUUAAGUAAAAUAUAUUGUCUGAAUCAUUUCGCUUAUUUGAAGAAUAUUGGCUUCCUUAGUAAACAGUUAUACAUCCAAUGGAUGUCAUUACACAAAAUUCACCGUAUUAUUUGUUACGAACAAGAAUUUGAUGAAAUUUUAUGAGCUCAAAGAUGUAGAAAUAAACUACCGAAGAAAUAAUAAACUCUAGUAUAUUACUCAAUA